AUGCACCGAGUACUUCUUUUAUGUGCUUUUGUAGCAACAGCAGCAACCAGCUACCUUCCUCAGACUGAGCUGACCGUUUUGGACCCGUACUCGGGCAUCUCGUGGAAUGGACCCUCAAUUUCAGGAAUUGGAGCGUACGCUGGCACUUUUCAGACCGAUGGAGUCCUGCAAAAAGGGUCCCAAUUAACCAGCAUAGCCCGAACUUCAGCAGCAAGCGCUAAAAACGCCGUGUACAAUCAGAACUCCGCAGGAAGCCAGGCGGAAUACGGAGUAAAAAGCAAUCUUGCCAAUGUUGCUGUUGGGGCCGCCAGAGCAGCCCAAGCGGCUCUAACCGGCAAACAAGCGAUCUACUCGAACCUCAAGCACCAGCUGAUCGCCGCCCAGGGCCAGCUCAAGGAGGAAAUCGCCCAGUACCACCAAGCCAAGGUGGCGGCGCAAACGGCCCAAGAGGCGGCCCACAAGGCCCAGGCGCAGGUGGCCACCCAGAGAACAGCGCUGAUAGAGGCGGAGAACACCGCCCACAACACGGCCGCCGCCGCCGCGGAAGCCGGCAACGCGGAGGCGGCUCAGAAGGAAAUGGUCCUGGACGCCAAGCAGAGGGUCGAGAACCUGCUGCGGCAGUUGAAGAUCGUCGCCGGGGACUUGAAGGAGAUCGAGUAUUCGGCUAAUAAAGCAAAUAAUGCCGCGAACGUGGCUAAGUUGAACGCCGCCAACUCGGGUCUUAAGAACGACUACUUGGGAUCACAGAACUUGGGAUUUAAUAACUACCAUUAA